GAAGGAAAACUGCAUGCAUAUUUAUGCAUCUCCAUGGCUAUUGUGUGUGCGUGUGUGCACUCACCCAUAUAUGUCCAUGUAUAUGCACUGAGUGCACACACAUGUGGAGACCCGAGGUCAACUUUGAGUGUCAAUUCUCAGUCACUGUCCACAUUGGUUGUUUUUUCUAAUUACAUUCAUUUAUUUACAAAAGUCGUGAGCCACAGCACAAAGGUGGAAAGCCCGAGAACUACUUUCAGGAGUCAAUUCUCUCCUUCCAGCAUGUUAAUUCCUGAGAUCAAACUCAGGUCAGCAGGCUUAGAUGACAAACUCUACCAGCUGAGCCACCAUGACGACUACUUUGUGUUAGAGACAGGCUCUCUCACUGGCCUGGACAGCAAGCCCCAGGGACUGUCACCACCUCCUAGCAGCAGAACUACAGCCUCCAGUGCGACCUCUCACCUGGAUUCUAGGGAUCACACAGGUACCCCUGCUUUCACAGUAAGCACUUCCUCAGCUGAGCUCUAUCCCACCACUGUACAUGUGCUUGAAUUUCCAAUAAGUCUUGACCUUCUAAAAUAAUUGCUCCCUCGCAUGGCCCUAUCUACAGCUUUGUUUGUUUUUCUGUUUGUUUGUUUGUUUGUUUGUUUGUUUUGAUAAGCCGGGAGCUUCAUCUUCAAAGUUCAGUGUGAUCAAAAUAAGAAAAGCUUGUGCAUCUCUUUCCCAUUAAUGCUAUGACAAAGCACCCCAAACCGAGGAUUUUAAAAAUAACACAAAUGCAAUGGCUUCCCGGUCUAGGCACCAGAAAGGCACAAUGGGUUGGUGAUGGUGGCUGGGUUACUUCUUGACAUUCCAAGGGAGAACCAAGGUGUUCCUCUGCUACUCAAGGCUGUUUUCCUGGUCCCUUCUACUUCACUCUGGCCUUAGUUUUCCCUUCACAGUCUCCUUGGAAGCUAACUCCCCUGCCUUCCCUUUACCCCUAAGCACAUCUUUAUAAAAUAUUGGGCACACCUGGAUAAUCCAAAAUCACUUCUCCAUCGAAAGAGUUUAGCUUAAUCACAUCUAUGAAGUCUCCCUUGCCAUGAAAAAUAAUAGGUUCUGGGAGUUCAGUGUGGGCAUCUUUGGGGUUGCAUUGCUCUACCUGCCACAGCCUGGGGGGACUCUGGUAUAAAGAUCAGCACUGUGACCCACGCACCCACCUCUGAAUGUAUGCUGGGUGCCUACGUACUGCACCCUGAACUAAAACGCACCAUCCCAGCCUGUCCCCUUGCCUGAUUAUAUAACUUGCUGAACUCAGGCAUUAUCUCCUGGCUCUCAGGAAUGCUGCAUGGAAGCCAUCUGCAGGCAUCUUUGUCCACUUCAGGAAGAUUCAGGAAUUGUUAUAUGCCGUUCUCAUUGUGACUAAGUGUAAGGAAAACGCUGGAGAAAGCCAAGGAGGGAGGAAAAACAGACCUGCUCUCAGACGGCUGAUCUGGAGAAUGGCGGACAAGAAGGCAACGUAAUGAGGGUUGUGCAGACUCAAAUAAAUGUGGUAACCUUUUUACCCCACUAAUCAUCAGUCCAGAAAUGCACCGUGAGGGCUUGAUGAACUUUUGUAUAAAUGCAGCUAGUGAAAUGCUGUAGAAUGCUGGUGGGGAGGAGUGGGAGUCAACUAAAUGUUCUCAAGGAAGUAACUACACAAGCAUAUGCCUCUACAUUACAGAAAACCCAGCCACAUAAAGGCCUUUAAAAGACGAUUACAUCAGAGAUUUGAGAAGUAUUAGUGACAGACUCAGGAUCUACCACUAAGGUCCCCAUCUCUAGCUCAAGCUGGCCUUGAAUUUACUCCAGCAUGUGGGGAUAGCGUGUCCCACCUGGUAAACCAAAACUUGGGUUUCGAAUCUUGGUUGUUUAUUAUUUCAUAAAGAGGGGUGUGUGCGUGUGUGUAUGUGUGUGUGUGUGUGUGUGUGUGUGUGUAUGUGUGUGCAACGACGCGGUACAGGGGGCACUAAAAAGUAUAGAUUUCACGUUGUUAACCAUGGCUGCUCCUGAGUUUUUAUUUUGCUUUCAUUUGUAUUUCUUAUGGGCUGACAAUGAAGGGGAAUAGGGGAUUCUGAGAGAGAAUGUCUCCUAGAUUGCUUACCUGGGUUUUUGGUUUUUGGUUUUGUUUGUUUGUUUGUUUGUUUUUAAGUAGUUACAAACUUGACCCAAGAUGUCCCUCUACUGGAAGGUGGAACGCGGCUGUAACUGGCACCUGAGUGCGGCUUUGUAAAAUAUCUUAUUGUAUUCCAGCCCUUUGCAAACAAGAAACUGAAACUCAUAAGGUAUUAUGCUUAUUCAAAAUUUUAAAGGUGAGGGAGGAAAUACUUGUAAAAGUAGAGACUAAACCUGCACGCUAAAAAAACUGUCAAUUCUGGAUGCACUUGGAAUACUGACAGCUAACAUUUUGAACUGUCGGUAUAGGAGGAUCACGUGGAUUAGUUUUCUCGGUUUACAUUUUGUUAGUUUAUAUCUAGGGCUAGAGAACUAAAGGAUGGGGACCCCGACGCCACCAGGUUGCGGUCCGAACCCAGACGCCUUUCCGCGCGCUAACGCUUUUGGUACCUCUCGGCUGAGUUCAACUAGAUCCGCCCUCUGACUCGGGCACAUUCGUACUACACUUGUUCCCGCCUCGACUCUUCUUCGGCUACAAUCGGCAGGCUGUCCUCUUGAACUUGGCUCCCUUCGGCCACAUCCGGCCUACUCUCAGAGUUGGCGUUUGCAGCCACCUCUGUUCCAAGCUCCUCCCACCUUCGCUUGCCUGCUCUGCGUUCGGCCAGCGCUCGGCUCGACUCGGCUCUUUCCGUCAACGCGCGGCCGCGGUCCCGGAAGGGCGCCCAUGGAGCGGGGCCUGCCGGGCGAACGCCAGAGUAUGGCGCCUCUGUUGGAGUACGAGAGGCAGCAGGUGCUGGAACUGCUCGACAGCGACGGGCUGGUGGUGUGCGCCCGCGGGCUCGGCGCCGACCGGCUCCUCUACCAUUUCCUGCGGCUUCACUGCCACCCUGCCUGCCUGGUGCUGGUGCUCAACACGCAGCCUGCCGAGGAGGAGUACUUUAUCAAUCAGUUGAAGAUCGAAGGAGUUGAACACCUCCCUCGACGGGUGACAAAUGAAAUCGCAAGUAACAGUCGCUAUGAAGUCUAUACGCAGGGCGGUAUUAUAUUUGCAACAAGUCGAAUACUCGUGGUUGAUUUCUUGACUGGCAGAAUACCUUCAGAUUUAAUAACUGGCAUCCUCGUGUACAGAGCACACAGGAUCAUUGAGUCUUGCCAGGAAGCCUUCAUUCUGCGCCUCUUCCGCCAGAAAAACAAACGUGGCUUCAUCAAAGCUUUCACCGACAACGCUGUUGCCUUUGACACUGGCUUUUGUCACGUGGAAAGAGUGAUGAGGAACCUUUUCGUGAAGAAGCUCUACCUGUGGCCAAGGUUCCAUGUAGCAGUCAACUCAUUCUUGGAACAACACAAGCCUGAAGUCGUAGAGAUUCACGUGUCCAUGACUCCGGCCAUGCUUGCCAUCCAGACAGCCAUACUGGACGUCUUAAACGCGUGUCUGAAGGAACUUAAGUACCACAACCCGUCGCUAGAAGUAGAAGACUUGUCGUUAGAAAAUGCUCUGGGGAAGCCAUUCGACAAGACAAUCCGCCAUUACUUGGACCCUUUGUGGCAUCAGCUUGGAGCCAAGACUAAAUCCUUGGUGCAGGAUUUGAAGAUACUAAGAACGUUACUGCAGUAUCUCUCUCAGUACGACUGUGUUACUUUUCUAAAUCUUCUGGAAUCUCUGAGAGCAACAGAGAAGGUGUUUGGUCAGAAUUCAGGUUGGCUUUUCCUGGAUGCUAGCACCUCCAUGUUCGUGAAUGCUCGUGCCCGAGUUUACCGUGUCCCAGAUGUCAAACUGAGCAAAAAGACCAAAACAUCGGAGAAGAUGGCAGGUCCAGAAGAGCAAGAAACAAAAAAAGAACUGGUCCUAGAAAGCAAUCCAAAGUGGGAAGCGCUGACUGAAGUCCUGAAAGAAAUCGAAACAGAAAAUAAGGAGAGUGAAGCCCUUGGUGGCCCAGGCCAGGUGCUGAUCUGUGCGAGCGAUGACCGCACAUGUUGCCAGCUCAGAGACUACCUGACUGCUGGCGCAGAAGCCUUCCUACUGCGGCUCUACAGGAAAACCUUCGAGAAGGACGGCAAAGCUGAAGAAGUAUGGGUAAAUUUUAGAAAGGGAGAUGGCCCAAAGAGAACUAUGAAAUCUGACAAAAGACCCAAAGAUGCCCAAAACAAAGAGCGUGCUUCCACCAAAAGGGGUGCUCUCAAAAGGAAGAAGAAGCGAGAGCUGACUCUGACGCAAGUGUUGGGGACUGCUGAGGAGCCGCCAGAGGAAGGGGCUGUGGAGGAAGACCUGCACAAACAGACCGGAAGUAGCCCAGAAGUCUGCGGGGGAGAGAUUCAGCAUGAAUCAUUUGAUUUAAACGUGUCAUCUGAUGCAGCCUAUGGCAUACUGAAAGAGCCCCUGACCAUCAUCCAUCCGCUUCUGGGAUGCAGCGACCCCUAUGCCCUGACACGAGUACUGCACGAGGUGGAGCCUAGAUACGUGGUUCUGUAUGAUGCAGAGCUCACUUUUGUUCGGCAGCUGGAGAUCUACAGGGCCAGCAGGCCUGGGAAACCUCUGAGGGUUUACUUUUUUGUAUAUGGAGGCUCCACAGAAGAGCAGCGCUACCUGACUGCUCUGCGCAAAGAAAAGGAAGCGUUUGAAAAGCUCAUAAGGGAAAAAGCUAGCAUGGUUGUCCCUGAAGAACGGGAAGGCAGAGAUGAAACCAACCUGGACCUGGCAAGAGGCACAGCAGCCAUGGACACUCCCACUGACACUCGGAAAGCUGGUGGCCAGGAGCGGAACGGCACACAGCCCAGCAUCGUGGUGGACAUGCGUGAGUUUCGGAGCGAGCUCCCAUCUCUAAUCCAUCGGAGGGGCAUUGACAUAGAGCCAGUGACUCUGGAAGUGGGUGAUUACAUCCUGACACCUGAGCUUUGUGUGGAGCGCAAAAGUGUGAGCGACCUCAUUGGCUCGCUGCAUAGUGGCCGCCUAUACAGCCAGUGCCUAGCCAUGUCCCGCUACUACCGGAGGCCUGUGCUACUCAUCGAGUUUGACCCGAGCAAGCCCUUCUCCCUGGCACCACGGGGUGCCUUCGUCCAGGAGAUGAGCAGCAGUGAUGUGAGCUCUAAGCUCACACUCCUCACCUUGCACUUCCCACGCCUGCGGCUGCUCUGGUGCCCCUCGCCCCAUGCCACAGCCGAGCUGUUUGAGGAGCUGAAGCAGAACAAGCCACAACCUGAUGCGGCCACAGCCAUGGCCAUCACCGCAGACUCAGAGACGCUACCUGAGUCAGACAGGUAUAACCCUGGCCCCCAAGAUUUUGUGCUAAAGAUGCCUGGGGUCAAUGCCAAGAACUGUCGCUCCCUGAUGAAUCAAGUGCAGAACAUCGCAGAGCUGGCCACCCUGUCCCUGGAGCGACUCACGGGUAUCCUGGGGCACUCGGGAAAUGCCAAGCAGCUGCAUGACUUCCUGCACACUGCCUAUGCAGACUUGGUGUCCAAAGGCAGAGUGAGAAAGUGACUGUUCUCACAGGGCUACGUAUCGUCAUUUGCAUAGCAUUCAUUCUUUCCCCAGGCAAUUAGGGCCUGGCAUUCUGUCCCCCAGGGCAUUUGUCCAGAAGCCAGGAUUUCCCCCUGGGCUCUGUGCUGAGGUGUGUGUUUGCCCCCUCUUGCUGGCUCUUGCCCCUCUGUGCUCUGUCUAUGCCAUGCCUGCAGUGACCCAUUUUCAGUAAGGUGUGGUGAGAUCAUGCCCCUUGAAGCAAACACAACCCAGUUUGCUUCUCAGGCUAGUGGAAGCACGCCAUCUUGGUCCUAACACUGGCUACACAGGGCUUGGUAGGCCUGAGACACGGCUGCUGUUCCUAACGAGCUUCUUCACCUCCCACUCACAGAGACAAACUGGCUCACUAGUCUCCUGGUCACCAGGUAUAUGUAACAUGUACUGUGACUCGGUUGUUUAAACCAGUGUUUUUAACAGAAUUAAUUGCUUAUGGACAAGAUUUGAUGAGUUAAUAAAGGGCUCCUCAGAA